AUGAGUGAUUUCUUGAAUUAUACUGCUGGCUUGCAUGCCUUGGAGAAAAUAGGCGAACAAGGACGUGCCAUUGAUAAACAGAAUCGCGCCCUUCGUGAAGCCAAUGAUGAUCUCCACCGUGCCAAAUAUAACGAAGAUAUUUCACGCAUUGAGGCUGAUCGCAUAAAGAAAGAGAAUAACGAGUACAAGGCUCUGCUAUCCAAGCCCUUCGCUGAAAUUGCGGCCAAAGAUGGGCGUUUCAAAGAGAACUACGAAAAGCAACAGGAGUUGUUGGCAGCAUGGAUUGUUUCCCAGCGUGCUUUCAAAGAGGUGGCCAUGAAGUAUGGUAAGUUGGCUGGCAAGACUCCUGAAGAGAUUCAGGCUGAAGGUAUGGCAGCAAAAGAAACUAUUCUUGAGGGCCAAUCUGAGUUCGGCAACACUUUGAAUGAAGAAACGAAAGCUGCUGCUAAACGCAAGAAGGCUCGUGAAGAAAAGCAGGCUCAGGCAGCACAAAACAAAGCCGGUCAUUCCGCCUGA